GAAUGAUGUGAGAAGUUAGUGUAAAUGCUAUAUAUAGUCUGACGUCUGGCCAUAAAUGGGAUGCGGGAGUUGCGGAGUCCGCCCGAGCAAUAUUGUGCUUUUCAUCAGCUGACGGGUAACAUCUUUUCUCCUGGGGUCCUUUGAGGUUACCAAAUAUGGCUCCGGUCGUUACCAGACACAAGCAUUACAGUCAUGACUACCGCAGUACUGAGUCUAAAUAUGUUGUUUGCGAAUACUGCAGGGCUUCUAUUGACGCGGUGAAAUAUCACUCACACAGGAGAAUCGAGCAAGUGGUGGAGAAGAAGAUGUCUGAGAAAUACAUCCGCGAGGAGUCAAUGAUCAGGGGCCCUAAGUUCGUGGCGAGGCUGAGGUCCCACAUAGUGUUUGAGAACACGCCUGUUAAACUUUUCUGCACUGUGAAGGGAUAUCCCACCCCUAAAGUCAGCUGGUUUAAAGAUGAUGUCAUCCUGGACAUUUCCUCUGGAAAGUACUAUGUGGAAAGCUGCGUUGGAUUUCAUGCCCUUACUAUCCUCAAGUCCGCGACCGAUGACACUGCAAUGUACACUGCCGUUGCCUCAAACUCGCAUGGACAGGCAUCUUCUCAAGCCUCAGUAAUUGUGAAGAGGUACAAAGAUGAAGACAAAUGCACUCCCUUUUCCUGGUUUCCUUAUGAGUAUUCCCUUUUACCUGAAAUUAAGUAUACAAAGAUUAACAUCAGCUUCAUCGAGGCGUUUGGGGUGACCUUUGGGACAGAAGGUGAAACGGUCACUUUGUCCUCCAAGAUGACUAUUAACCCCAACCUGGCCAAUCUGCAGCCUGAAGCACUGUGGUAUAGAGAUGAGCAUCUUCUGAAAGAAUCGAAGUGGGUGAAAAUGGAGUCGGGUGGCGGUGUUUCUCAGCUCACACUGACUCACCUCGCUAAGGAUGAUGAGGGUCUUUACACCCUUCGUAUGGUGACCAAGGGAGGAGAUGCGGUCCACAGGGCUUAUGUCUUUGUCGAUGAUGGUCCACCUCCAGUUCCUCAGGCUCCAGGAGCUCCAAUGGACAUCAAGAUUCAUGAUGCUAAUAGAGAUUAUGUCAUUGUGUCCUGGAAACCUCCUAACACAACCACUGAAGGUCCAAUCAUUGGAUACUUUGUUGACAGAUGUGAAGUCGGAACAGAGAACUGGGUGCAGUGUAAUGACUCUCCCGUGAAGAUCUGCAAAUAUCCUGUGCAGGGCCUGUUUGAAGGACACUCUUAUUACUUCCGCGUGCGUGCCAUCAACUCUCAUGGCAUCGGAAAACCUUCCAGGGUGUCUGAGCCAAUAGCUGCUCUGGACCCAACAGAGUUGGAGAGACUUCAUGCCUUACAACUUGGUGGGAGACUCGACAUUGUGACUUACUACGAUGAUCUUGAAGCCGAGGGAAAAGCUCCAGGACCUGCCUCAAACGUCUGCGUCAUAGAGACGGAUCGAACAUAUGUUGUGCUGACAUGGGUGGCUCCAGUCUACCAUGGAAAAGCUCCCAUGUGGUACUACAUUGAGAAGCUUCAGGUUGGAAGUGGAUCAUGGCAGAGAGUGAACACUAAAGUGCCCAUCAGAUCUCCUCGUUAUGCCGUCUUCGAUCUGUCCGAAGGAAAGGACUAUCAGUUCCGCAUUCUUUCAGCUAACAUGUAUGGCACCAGCGAUCCAUCCGAGCCCAGCAAACGUGUGAAGACCCUGGAACUGAAGGGUGUGCCCUCAGCUCCCGGACAAGUCGUUGCGACAAGGGAAACCGACACCUCUGUUCUGAUCCAGUGGGCCCCUCCUAAAAAUCCCAAUAACUUGAUUGGAUAUUACAUUGAUUCUUGUGUAAAAGGCUCUAAGAACUGGACCUCAGCCAAUCACAAACCUCAUAAAAAGACCAAGUUUGUUGUUCACGGCCUGACCACCGGUGAGACAUAUGUGUUUCGCGUGCAAGCCAUCAAUGAGCUGGGCCUAAGUGAUGAAUCCCAGGAAUCUGCCCCUCUGACCGUGAGAGCCGCUCUCAAGUUGCCCUCUGCUCCUUAUGGCGUCUCUCUUCUGUAUUGUGAUGGGGAAUCCAUGGUGAUCUCUUGGAAGCAGCCCAUUCAUUCGGGGGGAGCAGAGGUCAGAGAUUAUUACAUUGACAAAUACAACGUAGCCAAGAAUACGUGGAGGGAGGUCAACGUUCCUCCUCUAAAGGAAAGAUUGCACAAGGUCGGAGGUCUUACGGCUGGGUCAGUUUAUCAGUUUAGGGUUUAUGCAGCCAAUUUCAUCGGCCUGGGUGAGCCCUCUAACCCUAGUGCUCAAUUCAGAUGUGAGGAUUGGAAAAUGCCCGAACCAGGUCCAGCCUAUGACUUGAUCUGCUCUGAGAUAAGAGAUGAUUCCCUGGUGGUGCAGUGGAAGGCACCCAUCUACACUGGGGCGAGUGCUGUCACUGGAUACUACGUCGAGAUGUCCAAGGAAGGUUCUGAUACCUGGAGCUUAGCAAGCCAAAGUUCAGCCCAUAACUGCUAUCUCAAGGUCAAGGGUCUCGAGACGGGUUCAUCUUAUGUGUUUCGUGUGCGGGCAGAAAACGCCAGCGGCAUAGGAAUGGCCUCAACCGCCUCUGAUGUUGUUUGUGUCAAAGCCCUAGCAGGCGCCCAAGAAAUCAAGUGUGGGGUCGAUGAACAAUCAGGUGACAUUUAUCUCUCCUUCGAGAGCUGCCAAAUGUCUGAGAGUUCACAGUUUGUGUGGAAGAAGUCCUACGAAGAAAUUACAGAUUUUUCAUCUGGAAUCUCUGUUAAGACAUCAGGCAGCCACUCAACUUUGUAUUUUAAGAAUGCAACCAAAGAAGAUGUGGACACAUUCUCAGUCUCUGUUACAAAUACUGAUGGCGUUUCUGCCAGCUACAAGAUCUCAGCAGAAGAGUUGGAGAAACUGUUGGCCCUCAGCCAUGAGAUACGCAACCCGAUUAUCCCUCUGAAGGCCGAACUGGCCUAUAAGAUUCUAGAGAGAGGCCGCGUGCGCUUCUGGGUGCAAGCUGAGGGCAUCUCCUCCGCCGUGACCUACAAAUUCUUUGCCAAUGACAAGGAGCUUGUCAACUGCGAGCAAACGAAAAUGAGUCAUGACGUGGCUACGGGCAUUAUCGAGAUGGUGAUGGAUCAUUUCACAGAGGAAAACGAGGGCACUUUUACCUUGCAGAUCCAAGAUGGCAGAGCCAAGGCCCAGUCCACUUUGGUGCUGAUCGGAGACGCCUUCAAGGCAGCGCUGGCUGAGGCCGAGUACCAAAGGAGGGAGUACAUCCGUGUGAAAGAGGGCCCUCACUUCAGGGAAUUCCUUUCUGUACACAUUGCGGACAACGCUUCCGUCACUAUCGUUUGCAAGGUGGCUAAUCUGAAGAAAGAGUCUGUGUUCCAGUGGUAUAAGGAUGACGUGGAGGUCAUUUCAAAGGUGCCUGCUGACCUGAACUCAGGAGUCUGCAAGUUCCCACUAACUGAUUUUUCCAGGAAGGAUGUGGGACUAUAUAAAGCAACCAUCACUGAUAACAGAGGCCAAGAUGUGUCACAGAUUGAUGUUUCUGGGAAAGCCUUUGAUGACAUUAUUAAUGAUCUCACCCGUAUUGCUGGACCCAGCGCGUCCGAGUUGUCGAUCCAGUGCACUGCGGAGGGCAUUAUGCUGCAGUGCCAUAUGAAGUAUUACACACAGGAGAUGAAGAUUCACUGGAAACAUAAGGAAACUAAAAUCACCGCAUCAGACAGACUGCGUGUUGGUGGCAAUCCAGCAAUGGCAACUCUGGAGAUAGUUGAGCCUACUGAUAAAGAUAAAGGACUGUACAUCAUUGAGAUUAUGGACCCUGAGAAGACACACUCUCGAUCCCUGGAUCUCUCUGGAGAAGCCUAUGAAAAGGCCUAUGCAGAGUUCCAGAGACUCAAAGCGGAAGCAUUUGCCGAAAAGAAUCGUGGUAAAGUGGUUGGUGGUCUUCCUGAUGUUGUGACUAUCAUGGAAAAGAAGACUCUUAGUUUGACCUGCACAGUGUGUGGUGACCCCAAACCUCUGGUCAGCUGGUCUAGAGGUGAUCAGGAAGUAGAGCCCAGUGAUCAUUUUGUCAUCUCCAUGGACUCGAGCAAGUUCGCCAGUCUCACCAUCAAAGGCGUGACCCUCGAAGACUCCGGCAAGUUCACCAUGACGGUGCAAAACAGGUAUGGCGGAGAGUCAAUCGACAUCCUCGUCAGCGUGUACAAGCACGGCGACAAGAUCCCGGACAUCAAACCCUCUCCGGCGCUCAAGAGGAUCUUGCCUCCCACAGGUCCCAUUAUAAUUCCCGAAACGAAGGCUUCCAGCCCCACUCCCCCUGCCGCCAAGACAUCAACUCAAAGCGCCAAAUCUCCAGCCCCAACCCGUGGCAUGAAGUCCCCCACUCCCAUUAGAAAGAAGUAAUGCCCCAGUUCUCCCAAUUUCCCUGCCAGCCCAAAUUUGAUUAUAGUGCGUGUCAAGGAAUAAUGGAAGUAGAAUUAUGAAGUAGAUAGCUUUUAUCACCCAUAAAGCACCAUAAUAUGAGCAACCAUCUAUUACAAAAAUGUGUGGGAAGUGUGUGCCAUAGAGGGCGGAGCUAGUUAUAUUUAGCACCUUGAGAAAACGUGUGAAGCAGUGGUUGCCUAAGCUGAGUGGGCUCGGCUCUAAUGAAUCUUACUUCCUCUUCCCGGAGGUGCGUGGAAAAAAAGCUUUGAUGUUAGUUUAUUAAAUCUCUGUUUUUAAAUGCUAUUCUUUCAAUUCGUCACUGGAGGGUUUUGCAAUCUUAGUGGAUGGAUGACCUGAGAGCAGGACCGCCAGCGGCAGCAACAAGCCCAUCUCAGCCUCUCCUCAUGUCCUCGCCUUUCUCUCCUGCUUUGGUGUUAAUAAAAGAGGUUGAAACCAC